UCCCCGCAGACUGCGCGGAGUCCCGUUCAAUCACGCGCUGCACGAAGCUAAAGAUUAGGGAAUUCCACACCUAUGCUCGGAUUUAUUCGAGUUAUAUAUUUAUUCAUAUUGCGUAACAGUCGCUGGCAUGACAUGCACUUCCGUAUUUCGACGGAACGGAUAAUAUUUUACGGAAGUUCUGUGCUCACAUUAUCUUGAAGGGGCAUCCAGGCACACACAGUCAUUACCCUACUGACGGGCAACACCACGGCGGUACUGACAGUAGCUUCAUAGCAGUACUGACAGUAGUCUCAUAGACCGUAGCAGUACUGACACUGUACUGACCGUAGCCUUAUAGCCCCAUAGCAGUACUGACAGAAGUUUCAUAGCCCAUAUCAGUACUGACACAGUACUGGCAGUAGCCUCAUAGCCCCAUAGCAGUACUGACAGUAGCCUCAUAGCCCCAUAGCGGUACUGACACAGUACUGACAGUAGCCUCAUAGCUCCAUAGCAGUACUGACGGUAGCCUCAUAGCCCCAUAGCCCAUAGCAGUACUGACAGUAGCCUCAUAGCCCCAUAGCGGUACUGACACAGUACUGACAGUAGCCUCAUAGCUCCAUAGCAGUACUGACGGUAGCCUCAUAGCCCCAUAGCCCAUAGCAGUACUGACAGUAGCCUCAUAUCCCAUAGCAGUACUGACGGUAGCCUCAUAGCCCCAUAGCCCAUAGCAGUACUGACAGUAGCCUCAUAUCCCAUAGCAGUACUGACAGUAGCCUCAUAGCUCCAUAGCAGUACUGACAGUAGCCCCAUAGCAGUACUGACACAGUACUGACAGUAGCCCCAUAGCUCCACAGCGGGACUGACCGUAACCCCACAGCGCUGCUGACGGGAGCCCCGCGGUGAUGGGAGAUCCAGGCGUGUCCCCUCCCCCCUCCCCCCAGCUGCCCUCCCCCCGCGGCGGCUCCUGCUCCCUCUCCUUCCCCUUCCCGAGGGAGGGCAGCCGCGUGUGGGAGAAGGGCCUCCACCAACUGCUCACCGAGCUACCCAGCCCCCUGCCCACCAAGCGUACCCGCACCUAUUCUGCCACGGCCAGGGCCAUCUCGGGGCCGGUCUUCCGGGGCGUCUGCCUGAGCUUCUCCAGGUCCCAGGGUCACGGGUUCAUCCGGCCCUCCAACGGUGGAGAGGACAUCUUCGUCCACAUCUCCGACAUCGAGGGGGAGUAUGUGCCCGUGGAAGGCGAUGAGGUCACCUACAAGGUUUGCCCCAUCCCACCCAAGAAGCUGAAGAUGCAGGCUGUGGAGGUGACCAUCACUCACCUGAACCCAGGGACGAAGCACGAGACCUGGACUGGGGAGAUGAUCCGGUCCUAGGCUUCAGCUCGGGCCUAUGGCUCUGAUACAGACAGGAUGUGGGAGUGUGUGUGAGUGUGUGUGCGCAUGCGAGUGUGUGUGUGUGUGUGU